UGCUUCCGAGGCUAUUUAAGACCCGCUUCCGCCCCUGGGCUUGCCCGGCUCUUUCUGUCGAUACCGGUGAACGCUGAAGGGCCCGACGCUUUCGGCGAUGAGCCUCCCAGGGUUAAGCUUGAAAAAAGCUGCUGCUUUUACCCAAGCUCUGAGAGCUGAACCUCGGUACUUGCUGGCCCAAAAUGUUGCAACCUGUGCAGACCCACUGGAAGUGUGCCUAGAGCGGGGUGUGGUGCAAGACACGCUCCAGGUGUUCCAGCAUUCAGUACCUGCUGAAGGCAAGCCGGUCACCAAUCAGAAGAACUCAGGGCGUUGCUGGAUCUUCUCUUGUCUGAAUGUGAUGCGUCUCCCGUUCAUGAAAAAGUUCAACAUUGAGGAGUUUGAGUUCAGCCAGUCAUACCUCUUCUUCUGGGACAAGAUCGAACGUUGCUACUACUUCUUGCAUGCAUAUGUGGAAACAGCUCAGAAAAAGGAGCCGGUGGAAGGCCGGCUGGUGCAGUUCCUGCUCUCCAACCCUUCCAAUGACGGGGGGCAGUGGGACAUGCUUGUGAACCUUAUUGAAAAAUAUGGUGUUGUUCCCAAGAAGCUUUUCCCUGAAUCACAUACCACAGAGGCCUCCAGGAGGAUGAAUGACAUUCUCAACCAUAAGAUGCGAGAAUAUUGCAUCCGACUAAGAAACAUGGUAGAGACCAGCUGCAACAAAGAUGAGCUCCUGUUUGCAAUGGACACCAUGAUAGAGGAGGUGUUCCGAAUAGUUUCCAUCUGCCUGGGGAGUCCACCUGAGACGUUCUGCUGGGAGUUCUAUGAUAAGGAGAAGACCUAUCACAAGAUCGGGCCACUCACGCCAUUACAAUUCUACCAGGAACAUGUGAAGCCUGUCUUCGAUAUGGAGAGCAAAGUUUGCCUGGUCAAUGAUCCCCGGCCCCAGAACCCAUACAACAAACUGUACACAGUGGAGUAUCUGAGUAACAUGGUUGGAGGAAGAAAGACUCUUUACAACAACCAGCCGAUCGAGCUCUUGAAAAAAGUGGUUGCCUCUUCUAUUCGGGAUGGAGAGGCAGUCUGGUUCGGCUGUGAUGUUGGAAAGCACUUCAACAGCAAACUCGGCAUCAACGACAUGAACAUAUUUAAUCACAAGCUGGUGUUUGGGGUGUCUGUGAAGAACAUGAACAAGGAUGAGCGGCUGAUCUUCGGGGAUUCCUUGAUGACCCACGCCAUGGUCAUCACUGCUUUCACCGAGAAGGAGGAUCAAGAAGGUUGCUUUGAGAAGUGGCGCGUGGAGAAUUCGUGGGGAGAAGACCGUGGGAAUAAAGGUUAUCUCAUCAUGACUGACGACUGGUUCUCAGAGUACGUGUACGAGGUGGUGGCAGACAAGAAGCAUGUGCCCGAAGACGUCCUGGCAGUGAUGCAGCAGGAGCCAACGGUCCUGCCUGCGUGGGACCCGAUGGGCGCUCUAGCCAAGUGAACUGUUCGGGGGCCUUGCUGCCUCCUCCUUCUGUUCAACCUUGAAGCAAGCAUGGUGGGGUCCGUGAGGCCGGGAGCCGUGGCAAAGCAGUCACGUGGCCAUGCUCACCGCUGGAGGUGCAGCAUUCGCUGGUGGUUCACUGCAUCUCUUUGCAGGAAACUGCACAAAUCAACGGAUGGGGCUACUCUUCACUCUUGCCAUUGCCGUGUGCUUUCCAUUGUAGUAUGAUUGUUCCUUCCUUUCUUCUUAAAGUCCUUUUAAAUUCUUUUAUUAAUGCACUCAAUGUGUUUCAAAAUCCUUCCAAAGCGAUUCUUCAAGCAAACUUGAUGUGGAAAAGAGGGGUGCGGGCUGGCAGCAUCGUGGGGCCAAAGAGCAUCUGCUUGGGAAAAAUGGCGGGUGACAUUCAGCGGCUCAGCUGUCUCUUUGGGGAGUGAGGGAGAGUCAUGGGGGGGGGGCGCUGUCCAUUUCUUAUCCAUGAGCUUCCAUCUGUCUGUCCUGACUCUGAUACAGUCUGAAUUAUCUGGGGGGGGGGGAUGUUGCCUUGGAAACAGUACAAAGUUUGAGCCUACAAGGUUGUUAUUUCAUCCAGGCUCAACAACCACUUAAGACUUUUUCAUGGGCAGAAGUGAAGGACCCAAGAUGCCCAAGCAAAAAAAUAAUAUUUUUUUUUAUCACUGCAUUUUAUUUGAAUGCUGUUUGAUGAUUAGAUGGUGCUAUGAAGCGUUUUAAAUAAAUACACAUUGCUGAA